GAUUCCUGGAAGAUUGUAAUGUGUAAAUGUUACCACUUGCAGUAUUUUUGUUCGCUCUUAUUUUUUUCCAUGUGUCCGAAUUCACACUUGCGGUCUGCUACAUGAGACAGGAUCUGUCGAGACGAUCAUGGCUCUUGAGCAAGCCCUACUGCCUUGCAAUGUCGGCAGCUGUACUAGAAUACUUCGCAGAAGUGAAGGUAAUAGCCCUGCAGAACCAGUGGGUAAGCUCUUGUGGAUUGGUGAUGAUCAUCCUGGGAGAAAUUAUCCGUAAAACUGCUAUGGUGACAGCCAAGCACAACUUCACUCACACGCUCCAGAGCGAGCGACGAGACAACCAUGUACUUGUCAAGCAUGGCAUCUACAGGUACUACAGACAUCCAGGCUACUUUGGCUGGUAUUUGUGGAUGCUGGGAACCCAGCUGCUGCUGACAAACCCCGUUUGCACCACUGUCUUCGCGUUUGUGGCAUGGCAUUUCUUCCAGCAGCGCAUCGCUUUUGAAGAGGAGCAGCUCCACUCUUUCUUUGGGCAGGAGUAUGCCGAGUAUGCUGAUAAGGUACCCACAAGGAUCCCUUUUUUAGAGUGAGUACCGCGUACAUACAUAUUUUAAAGGAAAUUAUUGGGUCCUGAAGACAUCUCUGCAGAAUACAAGCUUUCUACUGGAUUUUGUAAGUACCCAUGGGUAUGGCCAGCGGAAAUUGCCGUGCAUGAGAUCGCCCCAUCCGUGC